AUGUCUCCUCGUUCCCCGCAGUCUUUGGACAGCCCAAAUGGUGCGGCUCUCACCUGGAUUUUCGAUCAUUGUCUUCGCUACCCGGCUUCCUAUGAGAUCCCAUUGCGAGACAUGUACACAUUUAACUAUCUCGAGACCCGUUGGAAGAAGGAAAUGGAGGCCGCUCUGACGCGAUUGGGUAUCAAACGCGAGGACGCUGAGAAUCCGAAUUCCUCGGGAUUUGCCGGAAAAUAUCCUGGUGUUAUGACUUGGUUACACUCGAUGAACACCAAAGCUCGCACCGUGACCGCCCUGUACACUCAGAUCUACGUUGGCCUGCGUCGCUGGGUUCUCAUUAAUGAUAUGCUGCUUGAGCCUCAAAACAAGCACUUGAAGACUCAGCGGGAUGGUUUCUUCCGGUACAUCAAUGCGGUCGCAAUCAAUGGCAAGGAGGCAUUGGACCCCGUUAUCGUCCAGGGUGCACCUGAAGGCGAGGCUACCUCGUGGGGACCAUUGCAUGAUUGUCUUGUGCGCUACGUGGACCACGUCAACGAGCUUAUUAAUGAGUGCCUGGUGGUGACCGAGCCCUCUUACUUGUCUGAGGGCGGCUCUCCCCACCGCAACAAGAACCGCAAGGCCGAUUCUGGUAUUAGUUUCGGUUCCUCCGGAAUCGACGCCAGUCUAGCCGAGGGUGAAGCUGAGAAGCCCCUCCCCUACUUCCCCAUCCCCAAGGCAAACCCGGCCAAGACCGGCUCUUUCCUCGAGCGCAUUGCCCGUGAGGUGCGAUCCCUGGGCCCCAAUGCCCGCACCAAAAACCUCAAAAAGAUGAAAUCUACCACCGCUCUCGACUCUCGGCCUGGCAGCCAACAGAGCUCUGCAGAGAGCUCCUUUUUUGAGAUCGAUGAGCAGAAGCGUCGCCGCUUGCUCGGCGAGGCGACUAGCCGCAAAAUUUCCCAGUCCUAG